AUGGACGCCCCCGUCCUAGAAAUCCUCUCCUACACCACCCGCACGUACGGCCCCGACCACUGGGAGGCCCACCGGAACCCCAUGACGGACGACGUCUACUACUACGACCGCGAGCACCGCAUCCUCACCACGGACGACAUCCGCGACGACGCCACCCGCUACGAGGUCCGCCUCGCCCGCCACAUGGCCGAGCGCGACCUCCUCUCCCGCCAGCCACCCUUUCGCAUCGCGCACGACCCCGAGUGGGACGUCGUCGUACUCGAGGGCAAGCCCCGCGUGCUGCUCUCGUGGGCGCAGGCGGAGCGCUGGGAUUUUCUACCCGAGAACGAGCCCGCGCGGCUGUGGCAGGUCGUCAGGCAGAUGUCGAUCGUCGACUUUUGGACGAUUGUGGCGCGGUUCCCUUUCCACCGUGAUCUGCCUGAUAAUGCUGAAGUGACGCUCGCAAAUGGGGUCGCACAGGGGUGGCACCAAGCCAAGAAGGUCCUGCAGAACACCGAGAACGCUGGUCUCUACCAGCACUACAGCGCGAUUUGUCAAUCCCCCGACUACGCCCCCAACACCCCCGAGUGGGUGCAGAAGAAGAACAUCAAGGCGUACUGUGUGUCGAAGCUCAUGAUCGACUGGGUUCGUAAUCGCCAGACUGCUGGGCUGUGA